AUGUCGCCACAAUUUGCUGCAUCACUCGGAUGGGUUCUGAUAUUACUAUUCGUGAAAGCAAGGAUAGUAUACGCUUGGCUUCCACACACUAGCUUUCACACCCGCUGUUCUGGCUCCCCGCGAGCGUGGAUUCCGUCGAUCACAUCGCUGUAUUCCGACGCCUCCAUUUCCUCCGGCACACCACAGGCUUUAAAGGAGGAUAGCGAUGAGUACGAAUAUGUGGAGUAUGAUAUCCUCCGAGAGGAAGAUUUUGCAAAAUCGGAGUGGCUCAUUGGUACAAAUUGGGAGAACCGCCAAAAUAAAAUCGAAGAGACGUGGGUUCGCCUCGCAAUUACCGAAGAUGGUAAGAAUCUGGCCGUUUGGGGUGACAAGUCCGAAGGCAAGUGGAAUCUCGAUGCGGCGUCGCAGUUUCUGUCAAUCAGUAAGGAAAAUAUAUUUGGUAAACGCAUUUGGGCAGGAUCCGUGGAUGAUUAUUACUAUGUCCAAGGUACUGUACGUGGUUGGACCUAUUGGAGCGCAGCCGAAAUUUUGGGACAGUGGCAGGCCAAGCGUUUGGGCGUUGACCCUGAAGAAGCCGGUGAGGCUCCCUGGUUUGAAGACGAUGGACAACCACCAAUUGAGGGACCCAAUUAAUUGGAAACUGCCAUUCUUCCUACUAGUGCGAUUUGCCGACAUUCAUAUUUCAAGCAAUUUAAUCCCUGACGACAAACAUGGAUAUGUUUAUG